AUGAGUUAUUUUUUACCUCAUUUAAGAACGUAUUUUUUUACAUUUUUUUUAGACCUUUUAAAGCUAAUAUUUGAUGAUUAUAGAGGAUGGCAUGUUGAUCAAGCAAUUUUGUCUGAAGAAGAGCGUCUUGUCGUUAUUCGGUUUGGUCGAGAUGGGGAUGAAGAAUGUAUGAGACAAGAUGAAGUUUUAUAUAAAAUAGCAGAAAAAGUGGUUAAUUUUGCGGUGAUUUAUCUUGUUGAUAUUGAUGAGGUUCCGGAUUUUAAGCAGAUGUAUGAAUUGUACGAUCGUUGUACAAUUAUGUUUUUCUAUAGAAAUAAGCAUAUGAUGAUUGAUUUGGGAACGGGAAAUAAUAAUAAAAUUAAUUGGGCUCUUGAAGAUAAACAAGAACUUAUUGAUAUAUUCGAAACAGUUUAUAAGGGGGCACGAAAAGGAAGAGGUCUUGUAAUAAGUCCAAAAGGUAUAAUUGAUUUUUUUUAUUUCGUUAAAUCAUGA